AUCUCGCGAUUUUUACGGCGGAUACAAAUAAAAUUUUCCAAAAUACUAAGAAAGAAAAAAGAAAAAAAUCUCCGGACAGGGUAAAAAAGAUAUAUAUAGAGAGAGAGAAAGCAGCCACUUUUCUACAUCAUUUCAAUUAUACGUACCUAAAUUUUGUCAUUUUAUAUCUUUCUAAUAACGCAAAAGCACUCCACUUCUCUUCAAUCGCACAGUAUUUUUCUUAAUUUAUUUUGAGUUGGUUGGUAGUGGCGGCGGCGGCGGCGGCGGCGAAAUGGCUGCGAGUGCAAAUCCCUCAGCGAACAAUAGUAAUAAUGAAGAAGGAGGUGCUUCAGCGCAGAAAGUAGCGUCUUCAGCAAAUGGCGGUGGUGUAAAUGCAGUAAAAAAUGGGGGUAGUAAUUCAGGAGCUGAAAACUCGCAAACGGAAGCCGCCCUGAGACACAGUCCUGGUAUUUCCGUUGAGUGGACUCCUGAUGAACAGUCUCUUCUUGAAGAGUUGCUCUCUAAAUAUGCAUCCGAAUCAAUUGUUCAACGCUAUGCGAAGAUUGCUUUGCAAUUAAAGGACAAAACAGUUCGUGAUGUGGCUCUGCGUUGCCGGUGGAUGACUAAAAAGGAAAAUGGAAAAAGAAGGAAAGAGGAUCAUUCAGCUAGGAAGAAUAAGGACAGAAAGGAAAAAGCUGCAGAUCCUUCAGUGAAGUCAUCAUCCCAUUUGACACCUCGCCCUAAUGGUCCCUCAUAUGCUCCGCCAAUGAUCCCUGCGGACAGUGAUGAUGGCAUCUCUUAUAAAGCCAUUGGUGGUGCAACUGGAGAGCUUCUCGAGCAAAAUGCUCAAAUUUUGAGUCAAAUUUCAGCAAACUUUGCAUCUUUUCAGAUACAUGAUAACCUCAAUCUUUUAAGCAAAACGCGGGACAACAUUUUCUCCAUCUUGAAUGACUUGAAUGACAUGCCAGAAAUAAUGAAGCAGAUGCCUCCACUUCCUGUGAAGGUGAACGAAGAACUUGCAAACUCUAUCCUUCCCCCAUCAUCCCAUCACAUGAAAUCAUGAUGCAUUCUUGCUGAGGGUGCCUUUUGACCUUUUGCCCUCAAGUGGGAUCUCUUAGCCAAAUCUGAUCAAAGACGCCGCUCACUUGGUUCAAGUUCUUCUGUCAAUCCGGCAGGUGGUUACAAUGGCAAUGGUUUUAAAUAAGGAAUGUUAUUUGUUUAUUAACAUUCUUGUGGGGGGGGGGGGGGGGGGGGGGGGGGUGUUGAUUUUAGGAAACCAGUUGUAGCAUAUUUAUACUUAGCUGGCUAGGGGAAAUUCUGACUGCAGAAAUGAUACUUUGUAGGCUUGUUUCAAUGGAAAAUAAUAAAUAGUUAAAUUGGGCUGCCUGUUACCAUAAUUUCUCUUUGUUUAUAAGCUUUGUUUACUGUCGUUGCAAGUUAUUUGUGAAAAAGUUUAAUCUAUUUAUUGAUCAUGAGCUUUCUCUA